UCCAACAUUUCAAAUGCCAACAAGAAAUUGUUGCCUGCAAAGAGGCAUCACACUGACACAGCGGCCACCUCCAACCGCGAACGCGCGGUCCAUCUUGUCUGCAACACUCGUCCGGCCCCACACGUCAGACUCUCCAGCUUAUCCAAGAAGACGAGUCCACCACAGGGUGCACUGUGCACGCUCCACGGCCAUCCAUGGCGAUGGCGCCCUAUCCAGUAUUGCAGCAGCAGAUCCACCUCGGACACGCCAGCAAGCCCACGGCUACAGCUUCAGUUCACCAUCACGGGCAUGGAAACCCCAACGCCGACGCAGUGGCGCCGUCGCUCCGGCGAAGCUUCCCGGCCGACGCGCGCGGCCUCCGGGCGCUCAUCAAGGUGCUGCCCACGUCCUCCGCUUCGGCGGCGGUGGCAGUGCACGCCCACGCAACAAAGCUCGGGCUGGACCGCGAGCGCACCGUCCGCAACGGCCUCAUCGCGCUCUACCUCGCGUGCGGCGAGCGCGCGGCCGCGACGGCGCUCUUCGACGCGUUCCCGGGCGACGGCCCGGACGUGGUUUCCUGGACGGCCAUGGUGACCGGGCACGCGAGGCUGGGCUUCACCCGCGACGCCGUGGCUCUGUUCUUCGCGAUGCUCGAUCUGGACGACGGCGUCUCCGUCGACGCGGUGGCCGCCGCCGCGGGGUUCGCGGCCUGCGCGGAGGCGAGGGACCUCGCGCUCUCCCGGGAGGCGCACCGGCGCGUCGCGGCGGCGAGGGUCGCGCUCGAUGUCGUGGCGUGGAACGCGCUCGUGGACAUGUACGCCAAGUGCGGCGACGUAGCCGCGGCGCGCCAGUGGUUCCGGAGGAUGCCGGUGGCCAAGACCGUCGUGUCCUGGAACACCAUGCUCGCGGCGCUCGCGCGCGCCGGCGAGCACGGCGAGGCGCUGGCUCUGUUCCGGGAGAUGCAGCGCGCCGGCGUGCGCCCGGACGGCGCGACGUUCGUGGCGGUCCUCGGGGCGUGCGCGCAGCUCGGCGCGCUCGACACCGGACGGUGGGUGCACGCGUACAUGCGCCGGCAGCCGGAGCGCGACGCCGACGCCGUCGUUGUCAGCAACGCCCUGCUCGACAUGUACGCCAAGUGCGGCGCGGUGGAUCAGGCCGCGGCGGUGUUCGACGGCAUGGCUCGGCGUGACGUGUACACCUACGCAUCGAUGAUCGCGGGGCUGGCCACGCACGGCCGCGCCGAGGAGGCCCUAGCGCUGUUCGCGGCCAUGCGGCGAGCCGGCGGCGUGCGGCCGAACGGCGUGGUGCUCCUCGGCGUCCUCUCCGCGUGCUGCCACGCCGGGCUCGUCGACGAGGGCCUCCGUCACCUCGGCGCCAUGGAGGAUGCCUACGGCGUGGCGCCCGGCGUCGAGCACUACGGGUGCGCUGUCGACAUGCUAGGCCGCGCGGGGAGGCUGGACGAGGCUGAGGCGCUCGUCGCCGCGAUGCCCGUGCCGCCCGACGCGCUCGUCCGGGGCUCCCUCCUGGCGGCCUGCCGAGCGUGCGGCGACGUCGAGAGAGCAGAGCGGGUGAUGCGGUGGAUGGCGGCUGUGGACCGCGACGGCGAGGCCGGCGACCACGUGCUCAUGUCGAACAUGUACGCGUCCGAGGGACGGCAUGUCAGGGCGCUGCAGCUGAGGAAGCAGAUGAGGAAAAGCAAGAUCGUCAAGGAUCCCGGCUGCAGCUCCAUCGAGAUCGACGGCGUCGUGCAUGAGUUCCGAGCGGUUCCGGCCAAUGCCAUUGCAUGAUGUGAAACAGAUCGUCUUCUACUCAAAUAUAUGAAUGGGAUUUGUUUAGAAACAUUCUGUGAUGAUGUAACAAUAUAAUAGUCAAUCAGUUAAUGCCUACUGCAGGGAAAAACGCCAUAAGGCUUAUACUGAAGUUAAGUAUUUGAACAGAACUCUUUUUUUUAA